GAAACCUGUUUCUCACCAAAGACCAUUUUAUUUCAGGUACAUUGCACAGAACUCAUCUCUGACCAACUUUCACCAAUUACCGAAUGACAUUCCAGCAGUAAAAUUAUGAUACCGCAGUGAAAUGAGUUUAGUAUCGAUUUGAUUCCAGAAUUAUUUGGUUCGAAAGAUUUAGAAGUUUUAAUAAAUAAGAAUGUUUGUUUCACAGCUGCUUUUAUCGACAUCAAUCUGGUUGCUUCAUCUUACAAGUGGACAAGUGGUGGAGGACAAGGGAUCACAGGAACUAAACAAUCGUUUGAAAGUGUGUGCCGAUAAAAAUGACGUCGAAUAUGAUUUGAUUGAUAGAUUUAUGAGUCCGUAUUUUGUGACGGAGCUGCAGGAAGAUAAAUGUUUCAUCAUGUGCGUUGGAAUAAGUCUCGGUUAUGUCAAUGAAUUUAAUGGCCGGAUUAUCAAGUUGGAAAAAUUGCCAGCUUAUAUGAGACCGGGCGCUGAACGCGGAAAGUGUCUCCAAAUGAAAUCUGGACGUAAUCCUUGCGAUACAGCUUAUCUUCAGUUCACGUGCAUCACAACGGCCAGUAAUGAAGAACCAGUUUCGCUGGACUAUGCCCAGCAAGGAUUUGUCGAUUAUUGA